CUGGUCCAUUUUCGGCGUUCCUGGGGACUACAAUCUGCGGUUGCUCGACUUUGUGCCACCGGCCGGGCUGCACGGAAGAGAAUACAUCAUACCCUCGCGGACGGCGACUACCGCCACUUCGCGACCAUGGCAUCGCAUGUCACCAAGGCCCAAACCAACCUCAUGGAUCCGAUUAGGGUCCCAGAGCAGAUUGACUGGGCACUUGAGCAAGCCGUCAUCCACAGUCAGCCCGUCUAUAUCGAGCUGCCGGAGGACAUGGUGGACGCUGCUGUUCUCGCCUCUCGAUUGAGCACACCCAUUUUGAUUCCAGACGGCUCGCCAUCUCCCCAUGAGCCGCUGCGAGAAGUUCUGGAGCGCAUAUAUGAUGCCCGACAGCCAUUGAUCUUGGUGGAUGGAGAAUGCCGACCUCUGCGCAUCCUGGACGAAGUUGAUGCGCUGGUCAAGAUUACGGGUUGGCCAACCUGGACCACCCUUUUUGGAAAGGGGCUCAUCAAUGAAGAACCGCCAAAUGUUUAUGGGCACUACAAUGGCUCGUGGGGCAGCCAGGAAUGGCAGGCCUACUUCGAGUUGGCGGAUCUGAUCAUUGCCCUGGGACCCCAUUACACCGACACGAAUAGUUAUGACUUCACGACGAUCCCGCGAGAAGAGGCCUCUAUUUCGCUCUCCAAGUCCACGGUCUAGAUAGGCUCCCAGUGCUAUCGCAAUAUCUCCAACGGCUUUUUGUUGAGACUGCUAAGGAGCCUGGACAAGGAUCGCGUGACACAAGUAGAAGGUCCUCCUAGAAGGGCUGCGACGAACAUCCGCGAAGGGAUAGAUUAUGACGGAGGUUUAGUUCAGAAGACCUUCUAUGCUUUCGUGAACAAGAUCUUUCGACCCAACGACCUGAUCCUCACCGAAACUGGCACUGCAGGAUGAUC